AUGCAAAACGGCAGCCCGAACGGCCCAUCACCCCAAGAUGAACUUGCAACGCCUGUCUCCAAUUCCCAACGCCUCGAAGUAGCCGUGCUGGAAAAUCCGCCUGAUUCGACGCCCUACGAGUUUAUCCCUUCGGACUCGAAAGACGAUGAAGCCACCCAUCAACUCGAAGGCCCGCCAUCCAAGAAGCGAAGGCUCACAGACACUACACCGUCGCGUUCCUCCACGCCCCGUCCCCCUUCGCCACCAUGGAAGAAGGUCGGGGUUGAGGGGCCGACUUCGUUCACCGUAGAGGGCCGGCGCAGGUCUUCGCGGACCAACGCGGUCCCGCUGGACCUGCAGCCCCAAUCUGGCAAACGGCACACGCGCGCAGCACAACAUCACCACGUGCAGAAGAAUUCUCGCGAUGGUGCGAAACCUGCCACGUCUUCUCCGCUGGCUGCGACGCAGUCGCGCGCCCAUGUCAAUGGGAAGGUUGGGGGCAAGGCCACAGCUAAUGGGUCACCCAGGACGGGGUCCACGAGAAGCAUUACUGCCGGCAAUAAACCACCAGUAUUACCGUCCCCAGCGCCGAAAUCGAACCACUCUCGCACUCGAUCACGAAGCUCCGGCAACCCCAAACGUCCUCGUCCCAGUACCAACGGCGCCAGCCCUCGUCAGCUUCGCGACCGCUCCUCCCUUUCGACAGCACCCGCCCCAGUCGGUGAUGGCUUUGAUUAUUCUCAUAUAAAUAACGGGGAAGGCGAAGAAGGGUCUACAAAGAUUCCGCGUCUUCGAAUCAAGGUGAAGAAGCCGGUUCUCCCGAUUCGGCACCCUGGCCACGUGGCCCACAAGAAAUACGAGUCGUUUCGAGAAUGGAUGGAUCAUGAGGAUGCCCCGAACCUAUUGUCUUCGGAGGAGGCUCGGCUGGAAGCCCGGAGGAGAUGUGAAGUGGUUGAUGCCGCUGAGCCUGGCGGGCCGUUGAGCUCGGAGGUCUGCUCGGCAUACAUUACAGACCAGCAGGAGGAGCCGCCUCCACAAUAUUCUCAUCAAGAUCAUCUUGUGUCGCAUGCACUGUACUUCCAGAAGCUGCUGGACAAGGAACAUAAAAGGCAUCGGCAGAUGGCUAAGUUGGUCGCGCAGUGGUGCGCCGACGCGUACCGGAAGCGCCACAAGAAUCCGGAGGAUAUCCUUCGCGAGCAGCAGGAAGAAGUACGCGUGAAGCGCAAGCAGGUGGGCAAAGAUCUUCAGAAGAUGUUUGACCUGACACGCGCUGAGAUUGACCGGGUACGUCUCGCUCGCUGGGAGGAAGAGCGAAAAGUGCAAGACCAGCAGGCCCUCGACCGUGCCAUUAAGAAGUCGACCAUGCUUUUCGAGAAACGCCGAUCUGAGAUUCUGGGUGAGGUUCCCAGCGAUGCCGCUGCUACGAGCGACGAUGAGGAGGGCGAUGGCGACUCGGAUUCUGCGUUGGACUCGUCUGGAUCGGAUAACGAGAGCAACAUGUCAACAUCUGAGUCUGAAACUGACGAUGAAGCCAAUGUGGACGACGAUGCUACAUUGACUGCCGAAGAACUCCGCUUGAAAUACGCCAACUUACCAGCCGAAGACACACUAGACGAAGUGUCUGUGACAUCUGGCGUACAGACAUCAGUCAUUGAUAGUGAAGCUGUUCCAGACGAAGCUGAUUCCGUAGCUACUCCCGCUCAUUUGGAUGACGUUGACUCUGUCUUGAUGGAUGAUAGCGACGAGUCGACUGAUAUGGAUGAUGACAUGGGUGACAGCGACGAGGAGGCAGAAUCAGAUGAUGAGGAAUCUGAAGAGGCCAGUGAUGACGACGCCCCUGGACUCCUUGGCUUCUUUUCGUCCAAGGAUAUUCCUGCGUCAAAAGAUGACGAGGGAGAUGGCGAACCACUCGAUGAUGAGAAAGAUGAAGAUGUGCACCUCGAGGAUCCUGACGAGGUGUCUCUCAUUCCUACCGGCCAUAAUUCCUCGCGCGAAGGAACGCCCCUGGAAGUUGUCGAGGCCUCUGCCGAAGCCACUCCCAUUGAUACGGAAGAUGCGUCAAUGGUUGACACCCCGAUGGACGACCUAGACCAGCCGAUCGAAUCACCGGCACUUUCUGAGCCUACCAUCGCUACCGACACUCCAGCUCCAUCUGAAGAAGUCGACCACACUCAGUCAAUGGAGGUUGAGCCUAUCAACGAUAGUCGACCCGGUGGUGAGAUAUCUAGCGAAGCUUCACCUGGCACAUUCGCUACCAAGCCAUCAGAGCCAGAGUCAGUCUCUUCAUACGAGCCAGCCAUAGAGAAGUCAUUGCAGGCAAGUUACUCUCCUGCUCCCGGCUUGAAGACACCGAUCCCCCACCUCUUGCGCGGUACACUACGUGAGUACCAGCAUUACGGUCUGGACUGGCUUGCCGGCCUCUACAACAAUCACAUCAACGGUAUCUUGGCCGACGAGAUGGGUCUGGGUAAAACCAUCCAGACUAUUGCCUUGCUUGCCCAUCUUGCGGUGGACCACGGCGUCUGGGGUCCUCAUCUCGUCGUUGUCCCGACCAGUGUCAUGCUCAACUGGGAGAUGGAGUUCAAAAAAUGGUGCCCGGGCUUCAAGAUCAUGACCUACUACGGUAAUCAAGAGGAGCGCAAGGCGAAGCGCCGUGGCUGGACCGACGACAAUGCUUGGAAUGUGUUAAUCACCUCAUAUCAAUUAGUCCUGCAGGACCAGCAAUCUCUUAAGAGGAGGAACUGGCAUUACAUGAUUCUUGACGAGGCGCACAACAUCAAGAACUUCCGCUCUCAGAGAUGGCAGGCUCUUCUCACGUUCAGGACCAGGGCCAGGCUUCUUCUGACAGGUACACCGCUUCAGAACAACCUGACCGAGCUGUGGUCCCUUCUGUUCUUUCUCAUGCCUUCCGAUGGCGAUGGCAAUGGCAUCGAGGGCUUCGCGGAUCUGAGAGACUUCUCUGAGUGGUUCCGGCGGCCAGUGGAACAGAUCCUGGAGCAUGGAAGGGAGACUAUGGACGACGAGGCUAAGCGAGUGAUCACCAAGCUCCACACCGUUCUCCGGCCCUAUAUUCUGCGUCGACUGAAGGCCGAUGUCGAGAAACAGAUGCCCGGCAAGUACGAGCAUGUCGUCUACUGCCGACUUUCCAAGCGUCAGCGAUUCCUCUACGACGGCUUUAUGUCCAUGGCUCAGACGAAGGAGACCCUUGCAUCCGGCAACUUCCUCUCCAUCAUCCACUGUCUCAUGCAGCUCCGCAAGGUCUGCAACCACCCGGAUCUCUUCGAGACCAGACCGGUCUCCACCUCCUUCGCUAUGCCGCGGUCUGUGGCUACAGACUACAACGUCAAAGAAUCCCUGGUCCGGCGGCGACUGCUCUUUGACCACCCCCUCACCAAGGUCGAUCUGGACUUCCUCAAUCUCGCACCCGUGUCGAGAGAAGAUAUCUCGCGGAGAUUGGCGGACGAUAGCAUCCGGCUGAUGGCCUUUGGGCCGUUCAAGACUCUUCGCGAACGCCAGUACAACCGAACAAACUGGCAGAUGAGCUUCGACGGCUCUAGCAUGGAGACGAUCCUAGAGUCUUUGGAGAAUGCCAGUCGGAAGAGGAGAAUGGCUGAGCUUGAGCGGUGUCUGUACUUCGAAUCCAAGCGCCAUGGUCGCCGACCUGUGUACGGCAGCAGCUUGAUCGAGUUUUUGCGAGCCGGAACCAACAAGGAGCAUGCCCUGUCCAACGCUCCCUUGCGAAAGAGCAACAUGGCCGACUGGCUGUCCAGUCGGUCCUCAGUUCUUGCGUCGAUGAUUCUGACGCUCGAGGAGCGGUCUCUCGAGAUGGAUGGCUACGUUCAGAGAUUCGCUUGUGUUACGCCUGCGGCCGUCGCAGCCGGGACCACAGAGGCCGCGCUGACUCCCGUGGAGACUCGCCUCUUGACUAAUACCUCCAAGGACCAGCCCCAUGACCCCUUCCACGAAGCCCAAAUGCGCCUCUCCAUUGCCUUCCCAGACAAGAGGCUGCUCCAGUACGACUGCGGCAAGCUCCAACGUCUGGAUAAGCUGCUGCGCGAUCUCAAGGCCGGCGGCCAUCGCGCCCUGAUCUUCACGCAGAUGACCAAGAUGCUCGACAUCCUGGAGCAAUUCCUCAACAUCCACGGGCAUCGCUACCUCCGGCUCGAUGGAACUACGAAAGUCGAGUCGCGGCAAAUGCUCACGGAGCGAUUCAACAGCGACCCCCGCAUCCUGGCCUUCAUCCUGUCCAGUCGGUCCGGCGGGUUGGGUAUCAACCUCACGGGGGCCGACACCGUCAUUUUCUACGACCUGGACUGGAACCCGGCGAUGGACAAGCAGUGUCAAGACCGCUGCCACCGUAUCGGGCAAACCCGGGACGUCCACAUCUACCGCUUCGUCUCCGAGUAUACCAUCGAGUCCAACAUCCUGCGGAAGGCCAACCAGAAGCGUAUGCUGGACGACGUGAUCAUCCAGGAAGGCGAGUUCACCACGGACUACUUCACCAAGCUGCGGGAUGUGGAGGGUAUGAUCGAAGGCGAGGACGCCCGCGACGGCCACGACGAGGCCAGCGCCGCCAUGGACCGGGUUCUCGGCAAUCGGGUGGCCAGCGGCACGAGAGCCUUCGAACAGGCCGAGGAUAAGGAGGACAUCGAUGCGGCGAAAAACGCGCAGAAGGAGCUCGAGCAUGCCGACGAUGGCGACUUUGAGGAUCGCAGCCCUUCGCAUGGCACGCCUGCGCAGGCUGGUACGCCUCUCACGGCCGGCGAUGGCGGCACGUUGCAUCCUGCUGCCGCGACCGAGGACGCCGUAGCGACGGAAGUCGAGCCGGGCCAUAUCGACGAUUAUCUGCUCCGCUUCAUGGAGUGGAACAUGCGUGACGAGCCACUGGUGCUCCCGCGGGACAAGAGCAAGAAGAAGUCCAAGAAGGGCAAGGAGCACCGGCUCAAACGGCGUCGUUGA